GGUGACUCGCGGAUGUGCAAAUGUGUGGGUGUGAAUGAGCGCGCAAGAGGUUCAAGUGUGAGUGCGAGCGGGAGAGCGAGGCGAAGACGUGUUCUUUUGGGCAAAAGCAAAUAAUUUGUUUUAUCAGAGAAAAACAAAAAAAUUCCAGCCAGUGUCGCGAUAAAAACACGACAAACGCAUUGCAGCGGCCUCAGAAGCAAAAUAUCAGCCUCAGCUGACCGAAAAGUUAACAUUGCGACGUGGAAAUUCACGAAUCACCCGAGGAAAGCAACAGAAUUUCAGAAUGUGUGGCAUAUUCGCUUACUUAAAUUACUUGACGCCUAAAUCGCGUCAAGAAGUCUUGGAUCUUCUGCUACAAGGAUUGAAGAGAUUGGAAUACCGAGGAUACGACUCCACAGGCAUUGCCAUUGAUGCCCUGAAUUCCGGGGAUGCACAGUCCAUACUCCUGGUAAAAAGAACCGGGAAGGUCAAGGUCCUGGAGGAUGCGGUGGCGGAGGUUUGUCUGGGUCAAGACUACUCCCUGCCCAUAGACACCCACAUAGGUAUUGCGCACACACGUUGGGCCACCCAUGGUGUGCCCUCCGAGGUCAACUCACAUCCCCAGAGAUCCGACGAGGAUAACAGUUUCGUGGUGGUCCACAAUGGCAUCAUCACCAACUACAAGGAUGUCAAGACCCUGCUGCAGAAGAGGGGAUAUGUCUUUGAAUCCGAUACGGAUACGGAGGUGAUUGCCAAACUUGUUCAUCACCUGUGGCAACAACAUCCUGGCUAUACUUUCGGAGAGCUCGUGGAGCAAGCCAUCCAACAACUGGAGGGUGCCUUUGCCAUUGCCUUUAAGUCCAAGCAUUUCCCAGGAGAAUGUGUGGCUUCCAGGAGGGGAUCCCCACUGCUUGUGGGCAUCAAGGCCAAAACCAAGUUGGCCACGGAUCAUAUACCUAUCCUGUAUGCCAAAGCCCAUCGACCACAUGGACAGCCACAACAGCAGUCUUUUCAAGUAUUACCUCCCGGCGAUGUUAGUGCCGAGUUUCUACCUCUUGAACGCAAGGAAGUCGAGUACUUCUUCGCCUCUGAUGCCUCAGCCGUUAUUGAGCACACUAACAGGGUAAUUUACCUGGAGGAUGAUGAUGUGGCUGCCGUGAAGAACGAUGGCACCCUCAGCAUUCAUCGUCUAAAUAAAUCCUCCGAUGAUCCGCAUGCCAGGGAGAUCAUCACCCUCAAGAUGGAGAUCCAGCAGAUCAUGAAGGGCAACUACGACUACUUCAUGCUGAAGGAGAUCUUCGAGCAACCGGAAUCUGUCGUCAAUACUAUGCGAGGAAGAAUGAGGUUCGAUACUCAGAGCGUGGUUCUGGGUGGCAUCAAGGAGUACAUCCCGGAGAUCAAGCGUUGUCGCCGCUUGAUGCUCAUAGCCUGUGGCACAUCCUAUCACAGUGCAGUGGCCACCAGGCAGCUGCUGGAGGAACUCACCGAAUUACCUGUAAUGGUAGAAUUAGCCUCUGAUUUUCUGGACAGGAAUACUCCGAUUUUUAGAGACGAUGUGUGCUUCUUUAUAUCCCAAUCUGGCGAGACAGCCGAUACCCUAAUGGCCCUAAGGUAUUGCAAGCAGAGAGGUGCUCUCAUAGUGGGCGUAACCAACACUGUGGGCAGUAGCAUCUGCCGGGAAUCGCACUGUGGUGUCCACAUUAAUGCUGGACCCGAAAUUGGAGUAGCCUCUACCAAGGCCUACACUUCUCAGUUCAUUUCGUUGGUUAUGUUUGCUUUGGUCAUGUCGGAGGAUCGUUUGUCCCUGCAGCAGCGGCGGCUGGAGAUCAUCGAUGGAUUGUCCCAGCUGGACGAGCACAUAAGGACCGUCUUGAAGUUGAACUCGCAGGUGCAGGAGUUGGCCAAGGAGCUAUACCAGCACAAGUCUCUCCUGAUCAUGGGCAGGGGCUUCAAUUUCGCCACCUGCUUGGAGGGAGCAUUGAAAGUCAAGGAGCUGACGUACAUGCACAGCGAGGGAAUCCUGGCUGGAGAACUGAAACACGGACCAUUGGCACUCGUGGACGACGAGAUGCCCGUGCUGAUGAUCGUUCUGCGAGAUCCGGUGUACACCAAGUGCAUGAAUGCCCUGCAACAGGUUACAUCUCGCAAGGGCAGGCCGAUCCUGAUUUGCCAGGAAGGCGACAACGAGACGAUGUCCUUCUCCACACGGUCGCUGCAGAUUCCGAGGACCGUGGACUGCCUUCAAGGAGUUCUCACGGUGAUUCCACUGCAGCUCCUUUCCUAUCACAUAGCCGUGCUUCGCGGGUGCGACGUGGACUGCCCCAGGAAUCUGGCCAAGUCGGUGACCGUGGAGUAGGCACCACAACUACCUGGCACUGGCCGCAACAACAAUUCCAUUUUAGUAUCUGCCUGAGAAAAAACAAAACCCUAGGACUUAAGUUGAAAUUGUUUGGUAUUUCCGGAUUGAAAACCGAUAUUACUCCAAUUAACCCGCUGUGCCCCUUCCGGCUGGAGCCGAAUCUGUUAGCCCCUGCAUUUUGUAGCCCGUACACUGACCCUUGUGUUGUGAACUCAUUACUUUUUGUGAAUGUGCAAUUGAAAUAUAAAUAUUUCCAGAUUUCCUUUAAAAA